AUGGCAGGUAUGUCAAGGCCACCAUUGAUAUUCAAUCCAGCAAUGGUGCUUAAUACUGGAUAUUCCGUUUUGUACACCCCCGAGGAACAGGAGAGUCCGGUAUCGGGGGGACAUAGGCAACCUACUGAUAACAAGGCGAGUGCUUUAAAUGCAGAUGAGACUAAUGAGCAAGAUGAAGAUAGAGAAGGUAUGGACUUUGAACAUAUGUUUAAGGUAGUUAAUAAUGCAGGGAAUCUGAAAUCGGAGGAUUUCUUGAGCUCGCAACAGUUUUUAGUAGAAUAUUUAACUGAAAGAGGGUUUUUCCAGCCGAAGGUAUUGGUUUCGAAGCAGGAUGUGUCAGUUUUUCUUGUCAAUUCAGGAGACAAAGUAUUUAUUCCAACAGUUUCUACGAGUGAGGAUGAAUAUCUCAGUAAUGUGAGUGGGUUGUACAAUGAGCACUUGAGUUACGAGAGCAGAACUCAGAGUGUUCGGAGGGUUGCGGAGGAUGUGAAUGUACAUGAAACUGCUUCUAUUACGAAUUUUGAAUCUGGAACUAGUAAUCUAGCGAGAACUGCAGCGACUCCGACAACGGACAUUACGGAGAAUGGCAGCGUAGCGUUCAAUAUUGCUGUGGUUUUGUCGGUACGGAAGCCAAUUCAGAUGUCAGAGUUGAAUACCCUCUUGUAUUCAAGGGCCAAAGUGUAUUGGAAUAAUGGUGUUCCACCUAAUCGGUUCCAUUUUGAGGAAUCAUUUACUAUUGGGGAGGUUAAGUGGGAAUUGACAAACGAAAAUUAUCAGUUGUACGUUCCUUUUCACAUAUCUACGAAAGAUCAAGUGCUCGAGAGGAACGACAAUAUAUCUGCACCUAGAGUGUUCAAAAAUAACAAUAAAUGUGAACAUGAAGAAGUUUGGGGAAAUUCAAAAAAGAGGGCAGAUUACUUUCUAGAGAAAAUAUCCAAUAACGUAUAUGACUUUAAGCCUGGUAAUUAUGUCUAUGUUCUUCGUAUCUUCUUCAGUAGUCAUAUUCCUGAGACCAUUUAUGUGCCAUCUGGUAGAUUGAACUAUGAAUUUUGCUGUGCUGCUAAAUUUGCAAAUUCUGGGACACCACCUUCAUCCUCGAUCACAAAAGCUUACGAUACUUCCAACGAAUGCAGUUCAAAAAGUGCUAAAACUGCAGCCUCCAAAAUCACGGGAAAGCUUCUUAGGUUGAUGAAAUCUCACUUACAUCCACCUGUAUUUGAUGUAUCGAGCGAGACUUUAGCUAAAUAUACGGCGAUAUCUGGAUCUAUGCCACUUAAGGUUGUUCGAACUCCACCUCUAUCUUCAGUUUCAACAGCGGAUAAACCCAUUUACAUCAACAGGGUUUGGACGGACGCCAUGUCCUACGAGAUUUCCCUUGCCCAGAAAUAUGUUCCUUUAAACAGUGAACUCCCAUUUAAGAUUAAACUUGUUCCACUUAUGAAACAUGUUUCCAUUAAACGUAUAAGAGUUAACAUUACUGAAAAGAUCACAUUUGUUUCUAAGGACUUGAAGUAUGAAUUUGAUCAAGUUGAUGCGGUUUCACAAGACCCCUAUAACCCAUAUUUUUCAGACCUGCAGCUGCACACUAGGCCGGGAAGAUCGUUAUCACUGCUCGAAAUUAGAACAAAAGAAAAGGGUAAAAAAGCACUCAGGGAAGAAAUCGUUGAUAAUACGAUAUCUGAAAACUUGCUUAGUUAUACAAGUGUUUCUAACAAGGCUAAUGGGGGGAAAUCAUUGGCUAUUGUUGAUGCGCUGACACUUGAAACGAAGUUAAAAUUUCCCAGAUAUGAUAUGCUGGACAGAAAAUCUUCGAGGUCCAUUCCCCCAUAUGGAAUUGAUGACUUUGUUCCAAUUCAGGAAGGCUCUAUUUCACAUCGUAAUAAUCCAGCCUAUAAUGCACUAGGCAUUUUUUCAGGUCGCCGUUCGAGUUCCUCUACGAAUACAAGAAACUCAAAUAUUGAACAUAGUGUAUUAGCAUCGACAGCAUCUUCUGUUCCUCCCUCCUAUCCUGUGACUAAGUUCAAGAGUAAUUCCAAUGUUCCAGUAGCACAUCAUACUAAGCUGAAUAAACCUAAGAGGGGACUUUACAUGGAUAGUGUCAAUUUUAGGAAUAUCCAUGUAAAACACAAGUUAGAAAUAAUGCUACGGGUUAGUAAACGAGAUCUGAAGGAUUUCGGGAAACUUAAACAUUACGAAGUACUAAUCGAUACGCCUAUUAUUUUAACCUCCGAACAUUGCAGUCGUCAAAAUUUGGACUUACCGACGUAUGAUAUGGUGAACAAGGACAACUCUUACUCCAAACCAUCACUACCUUCUUUUGAGGAGGUUAUCUCUGUUCCAAAUUCUCCAACUACUUCCCCUAUUAUAUCACCUAUUGUUUCCCCUGAGAUAUUUCCGUCAUUUGACACUGAAGAACUAUCAAUUCAACAAUACUCACUGUCGCGGGCAACAACAUGCACUCAGGGUGGCGAUGCGAUGGCCCCGCCUGAAAUAUCUGCUGGAAGGCGGUACAGCAACAUAGAUGAAAUGAUGCGAUUGGAUGAUACAAAGGUUGUUAUCGGUCCAAGCAACCCUAUUUUCAGGUACGUAAGCAAGGAUAUCCAGAGCCCGGAAACCCACAGUUUAGACUCAGAGCGUCGGAACGACUUGAUGAGCGAACGCAGUUCAGAUCCACCAGAUUACAACCAGGUAUUUUUGUCAUCCGAUGACGAGCUUUGA